CUCGAAGCACAAGCACCACACUACCACAGUCAUCACGGAUUCAUGGCAGCACGUGAGUACAUGGCGAGGGCACCCCACAACCACACCGGACGCGGCACGCUGGCGGGUGGUUGGCAAAAGCCAAAGGGUAGGCUUUCAUCGCCUCCGCGUCGCGUCGCGUCGCGUCGCUUUGGAUGCGACUGACAGCACGAGUCUCCCGAGACCUGAGUCCUGAGAUGAGAAGAAAGCACUAAAGCAGAGUGGGAUGCCGCGGUGAGGACUGAGGACUGAGGACUGGACGCGCGGCGCGGGUGCGCGGCUUCGGAGUCCGCUAGACUACACCACGCGGGUUCGGCAAAUGGGGAUGGCGGCGGACGCGACGACGGCCAUGACCAUCGACUUCCUCCGCGCGCGCCUCCUCUCCGAGCGCUCCGUCUCCCGCGCCGCCAAGGAGCGGGCCGACCACCUUGCCAAGCGGGUUGUGGAGCUGGAGGAGCAGCUCCGGACGGUGACGGCGCAGCGGCGCAAGGCGGAGCGGGCGGCCGCGGAGGUGCUUGCCAUCCUCGACUCCCAGGGCUUCGGCCGCCUCUCCGACGCCGCGGACGAUUCAGGCUCAGAGUACGAGGCCGACACGGGCGAUCCCAAUGCCGUCGAGAGGGACGGAGGCGGCGGGAAUGCAGCGGAGGACGCGCUGUCGGGGUCGGAGCUGGGAGCCCCGGCGGCGGCGGCUGCUGCCUCUGCUGCUCAGGCCGGGGGCUUGUCGUGGAGGGGCCGCGCCGCGAGCCCCGAAUGCGAGAGGCGGCGGCCGCAGCACCAACAGCACAAGGGCAGGCAGCUAAGGCAGAGGCACGGCCACGGCCACGGCCACAGGAGGGGUUACUUUUACUGCCGCGCCGCGGAUUCGUCGCCCAAGUACCACCCAGGGCAGUCUUGCCGGAAGAUCAAGAGGAAGGAGCUGAGAUCUCAGACAGAAGAAGAGGAGGGCAACGACAAUGCAGUGGAGAGCACGGAGGACGGGCAGGAGAGAUCAGAUUGUACUGUUUGCACUGAUCAACCGGCUGAUGUUGAUGGCGAGGUGAACCAAGAUGGGCAUGGCUCUUCUAGUAAUGGAAGAGGGGAGGAUCGUGAUGAUCUUGCCAUGGUAUAUGAGAAGGAUGGGGAGAUGGAGAGGGUACUCGAGAAGCAGGCUGAGCUAAUUGGACAGUUCGAGGCUCAAGAAAAUGCUCAGAGGGAGUGGGAGGAGAAAUUCAGCCUGAGCCGGGAUUCAGUUAUGGAUAAUGUUAACUUAUUAAACAACAAGCUAAAUCAGGCUGAAAAUGCUUGUGGGAGGAGGGAAACUGCUCGGGUUGUAGAUAAAGAAGUGGUUUGUGAACAGGCAAGAUCAAGUGACAAUAAUUUCCAUUGCAUCAACGACCCCUCUGAAUGUCUACCAAAUGGCCCUGUUUCAGAAUUGCCCCAAAAUGUAGCCAAAGAUAGUGUUACUGAACACCGGAAAUUUGAUGGGUUUGGUCAUGAUUGUGUAGUGACUGCUGCAGCAGUAAUUUCAAGCCACGGAGAACUGCAGGUUAGGAAGGAUGUGCUGACAACUAAAAGCUAUCCUGAAGGAAGUGGCAAUAAUCUUGGGAAAUCAGCUCUACCACCACAAGGAAGCUGUGGUAGCAGACUAAAUGCAGGACAUAGAAAUGGUCAAGGAGAUGAAAGUUCAGACAGUGGUUCAAGCUACCAUGUGAAUGCUCGAUCUUCUGAGCAAUACAUAAACACAUCAUCAGUUGGGAGCCAGCUAAGUGAUACUCCUAAAAGCGAAGUCUCAGAAUGGAGCUCCUCUUGCUUUCAUAACCAUACCGAUAACCAGCUUGAUACACAACUUCAUCAAUCAUCAAACAAAGAUGUAGGAGGGGUGCUAGAGGCCCUUCGACGUGCCAAGAUGUCUCUCAGAGCAAAGCUGAGCUGGCCAAGUCUAGCCAGCAAGAACAUAUUGGCACUUGAAGCACCGGAUGAUUUGCCAGUCAAUGGCAUGGAACUUUCACUCUGCAGGACAGCCCAUGUCAGUCAGGAAAUAUUCGCACUACCAACACCAACAGACUACCUUAACAAGGUAUUACCGCAUGAUGAUGUGAAGGUACCAAUAGGUCCUGCUGGUUUGUUUCGUUUGCCAAUAGAUUCAUUUCCCAGAGAUGAGAUGACCACAAGGGAUGGCUAUGGUUCAUGGUUCAGUUUGACCUCGGUGAGUCCACCCUACGUGUCGCCAAGCUAUCAUGCUGAUCAUAUUAUGCCAGCUCUAUCCUUGUCUCAGUAUGGUUCUGGGUUGUCACUAAAUCCAUACUAUGAUCCUCAUAGUUCCAUGUUGCUAUCCAUGCCCACUGCUGGUGGGCGUAGCGUCCCUGUGUCAGAUUUCAGAAUAGGGGAUGGUUCCUUCCUCCGAGAAGUUCCACGGCCUGACAAUUAUUAGGGGAUGCCUUCUAGAGACAACUGCACACUUCCAGUAUGGUCAUGGUCACGGGAACUCUCAUAAUGUUCAAAUGUAUCUUCAUGCUUUGUAAAAACUAUCAAAAAGUUCAAUUGUACCUGUUCAUGCUUGGAAUCUCACGUCUGUGAUGGUGUUGGAUGCCAUUUGCUGCAUCGAUUCUGCAUUACGUUAGGUACUGAUGUAUACCAUGUAGUGUUGCAAACUAAGAACAUGUUCUGUUUGUAAGCAGUAUCGGUGUUUGAAAUAUUAUUUCGUCCGUCCGAUGUAAGUUGUGAUAAGGUACUAGGAUGGUAAUAAAGCUAAUUUUUUUAA